UCUCUCUCUCUCUCUCUCUCUCUCUCUCUCUCUCUGUGGGAAGAAGAGAAUAAAUAGAAGAAGAAGAAGAGAAUUUUGGAACCAGAAACAUAGAAUCGUCUUAAGGAAUCAAACAAACACAUCCCACUUCUCUUUCUCUCUCUCUUCCUUCCUUCUUCCUUUUAACUCAUCUCUUACCUCCUUGUCUCUCCCUGUUUCUCGGCUACUUGAGUUCGACUGUGUCUGUUUUUUUUUUCAUCUCCCCUAGAUCUUACACAGUCAAACACAAUUCAAAAACACCUUCAGAUUUCCAGAUCUCCGACACUCGGUUCCGACAGCUUCAUGUGAUUUUCAGAUCCUUAGUCCCCUCAGAUUGCGGAAUAUUUGCACCCUUCAAUUGAAGGGUUGUUGCUAGAGUAGUGCGAAAUCUGUGUCUGACUGUGCAAUGGUAGAUGGGAACAAUAGACAAAAGAUGCAUCAGUAGGCUAUGAAGACGGGCCAUCCCUGGCGCAUAGGCAUGGGUGAUAUUCCUAUAUUUUCUGGUGCUCGCCAUCGGCCACCUUUGAAGAGGCCAUUGUGGAUCAUUGUCUUGGUGUCGUUGGUUAGCAUCUUUGUCAUUUGUGCUUUUCUCUACCCGCCACAGAGCAGCGCCGCCUGUUACAUAUUUUCUUCUAGGGGUUGUAAGGCUAUUUCGGAUUGGCUUCCACCUGUUCCGGCAAGGGAAUAUAAUGAUGAUGAGAUUGCAUCCCAGGUAGUGAUAAAAGAAAUUCUUAGUGCACCUCCUGUUCAAUCGAAAAACCCGAAACUAGCAUUCAUGUUCCUCACACCUAGCGCUGUGCCUUUUGAGAAGCUCUGGGAUAAAUUCUUCCAUGGUCAUGAGGGAAAGUUCUCUGUUUAUGUGCAUGCAUCUAAAGAAAAGGCAGUUCAUCUGAGCCGUUACUUUGCUAAUAGAGAGAUACGCAGUGACCAGGUGAUUUGGGGAAAAAUUUCCAUGGUAGAUGCAGAGAGACGAUUAUUGGCAGCAGCUCUUCAAGAUCCUGAUAACCAGCACUUUGUGUUACUUUCUGAAAGUUGCGUACCAUUGUAUACGUUUGACUAUAUCUAUCACUAUCUGAUGAAUACAAAUAUAAGCUACGUUGACUGCUUUGAAGAUCCUGGUCCGCAUGGAAAUGGCAGGUACUCAGAACACAUGUUACCUGAAAUUGAGAUGAAAGACUUCAGAAAGGGUGCACAGUGGUUCUCAGUCAAGCGUCAGCAUGCUGUUAUUAUAAUGGCUGAUAAUCUUUACUACUCAAAGUUUCGGGAUUACUGCAAGCCAGGUUUGGAGGGGCGCAAUUGCAUUGCUGAUGAACAUUACUUGCCAACCUUUUUUAAUAUAAUUGAUCCUGGUGGAAUUGCAAACUGGUCUGUAACACACGUUGAUUGGUCUGAAAGAAAGUGGCACCCAAAGUUAUACAAGGCUGAGGAUAUUAGUUACGAGCUUCUGAGAAAUAUUACGUCUGUUGAUGUGAGCGUCCAUGUAACCAGUGAUGCAAAGAAAGUAGUGCAAAGAUGGCCGUGCUUAUGGAAUGGUAUACAACGACCAUGUUACUUGUUUGCAAGGAAGUUUCAUCCAGAGAGUCUCAAUAACUUGUUGCACCUUUUUGCCAAUUAUACAACAGUUUGAGCCUGAUUUUUUUACUCUAUUCUUUGGUUGGAUGGUAUCGACCCUUUCACUUCAUCUUGUUCCAGUAUAGCUGACGAAGUUGUAAAUUGCCAAAUUCUUAAGGCUCGAUUGUUCCCGACCACAGUUCUUGAGUGCAAGGGAGGGGAGGCCGGCAGAGCAGUUAGGGUAACUAGAGUUGGAAGCUAACAAGCUAGUGUUGCUUCCACAGGGAUGGUAUGGGUAUAUGGUUUCUCUUUGAACCCUUCAUUUUGUGCUCAGUGUUAUAUUUCUAGUACAGAAAUUCUUUUUGGGGUCCCUUUCGCUGCACUUUGUGGUUUAUCCUGUACAAGAUGAAGUCUAAACUUUGAAGUGGCAAAUACAAAAUACAAUAGUUAUGUGAA